GAUAAAGAGCUCUUGUCAGGCCAGGUGAAAACAUCGAUCGUAGAAAUAAUAACACGUAUGUGUUAAGGAGGGGUGUCUCUAAAUAAAUCUAGGUGAAACGUGUUUAAAAAUGCAAUCGUUUUAAAAAGAGAAGGCUUGGAAUAGGAAAUAAGGCACAUUUUACAUUAUAUAUAUAGGGGAAAAGUCGCUACCGGAACGCUUUGGAUUCCCAUGAUGCACCACUUUGGAACAGACGGAAGUUCCAAUGUUAAGUCAGCGGAGUUGACCACCUUUUGUAUAUAGAAGAUCUUUGGCUGUAUGCCUUGUGACAGCUGUAUGACUCAGCAAUUUGUAUUGCAGUCUCAGUGGUAUAUUAUUGGCUCUGUGUUUUGUGAGUAGAAAAGCAGUGAGGCUGUAAAACACAUUUUUCUAAUCAUGCAAGAAAACGUAAGCACGGUUUCGAGCGACCGGUGUCGGAUCGGUUACGUCACCCGUGUGCAGAGCUUCAGCGCUUGCCACAGACUGCACAGUAAAGCUUUGAGUGAUGAAGAGAAUAAAAGGAUCUUUGGGAAAUGUAACAACCCUAACGGACAUGGUCAUAAUUACAAUGUGGAGAUUACAGUGCGCGGCAAGAUUGACCCAGCCACUGGCAUGGUACUCAACAUAACAGAUCUCAAGGAAUACAUUGAGAUGGCAAUCAUGGAACCACUAGACCACAAAAACCUGGAUAAGGAUGUUCCAUACUUUGCAGAUGUAGUGAGGUAUACACCUAGUGUGUUCUAUCUGGACAAAUGCUUUCACUACUGAAAAUGUAGCCGUGUUCAUUUGGGACAACUUAUUAAAGUUUCUACCUCCAAACUCUCUCUAUGAAGUGAAAAUCCAUGAAACCGACAAGAACAUUGUUGUUUACCGUGGAGAAUAGCAGGAACCAUUUUGGCGACAAGUAAAUAUAUGAAGUGGAGGCUGUGGCCUUGAGGUUUUGGGACCAAAUCUGCAUUUAAUGCACAAAGCAAUCAUUUUGAUAUCAUGUGCUAUUUACAAUGUAUAAAGUAGCUAACAUGUUUUUGUAGGAAUGUCCUUGUGUUAUGAAAAUACAUUGUAAAAAAAUAUAUAUAAUUUCGUUCUUGUUGAAUUUCCUUUCUACUGUACAUGUUAGCAACUAUUAGGACAAAUAAAAAAUAUGUUGUAUGUUAUAA